AUGCGUGGAUAUGGAGUCGAAUCCAGCCGCUAUAGCUCAUCACCAGGAGGCGCAGAGGAUGCCGCGCCAUUCCAGCUGCUCCAAGAUCGAUCCAAGCCGAGAAGUAAUCUGUGCGCUCUAAUCUUUCUUCCUUUCGCCCUCGCCCGCCCUGCCCUAGCGCUCUUUCUCUCUCUCUCACUCUCGCUCGCUCGCGCGCGCGCUACAGUGGAAGAAGGAACGAUUAUAGGUUUUCCACACACGCACAAGGUUGUGUCGAAAGCACCGGUAAAAGGGUUAAACGGAAAAGUGUUUGUACUGGAAGGGGUAAAAGAAUUUAAACUGGCUGCCACGUUGGCAAGUAGAAAAAAAGUUUGCCUGGAAAAUGGGGUUUUCGAUCGAUUGAAGCUAUGGCGAUGGCGCUGCGCGUGUGUGGCUGUGGUGGACAAGAGCGUCUCCGGGGCGGCAAAAACCGUGGAUGCGGUGAGAGAAUUUGGGGGCAAAUGCCUCGCCAUCGCCGGUGGUGAUGUCUCGAUUCCUUCGGACGUCGAGAAAAUGGUGCUCGAGACCGAGAGAGCGUUUGGUGGUCUCCACAUACUAUUCAAUAAUGCUGGGAUCAUGGACGCGAAUGAUGGUGAUGCGAUCAACACACCAGACGAUGUCAUUGAUCGAACUCUCGACAUAAACGUCAAGGGAGUUAUUUACGGGUGUAGAUAUGGCAUCCCCGCGAUCCAGAGAUCAGGUGGUGGCUCGGUCAUCAACACAGCCUCCUUUGUCGCGUUUCUAGGCGCAGCAGCACCACAAAUUGCUUACACAGCGAGCAAAGGCGCGGUACUGUCGCUAACUCGAGAGCUCGCGGUGCUCCACGCCCGUGACAAGGUCCGUGUCAAUUCCAUUUGUCCUGGACCCAUCCAGACGGAGCUCUUGAUGAAGGUUUUGGACACCGAAGAGAAGAGAAAUCGCAGGCUCGUUCACAUUCCAAUGGGAAGAUUUGGCAAAGCAGCAGAGAUCGCUAGAGCCGCAUUGUUUUUGGCGUCGGACGAGAGCUCCUUUGUGACCGGCGCGAGCUUGCUCGUUGAUGGCGGCAUCACGGCCGCCUACGUCACCCCGGAGUGAAAGGCGACGACCAGCAAAGUCAAACAAAUCAGUCAACCCGUCCUAGGGGUACCAACGUACGGCACCUGGACUAGGGCACGGCUUGGCAGUC